ACACUGUACUGAUCAGCUUGAGCCGAAAAGUAACAGUUCAACAUCAAACUAUCCCUGGUCGCCUCCCGAUGACCCGCUGUGAAGACUUCGGUCAGGACAUGAAUGAAGACUGCAUUCUUUGGCAAUUGGCCACAGCUAAGUUCUCUCUCACCCACGAGUCUCCGCCUGAGUAUUCUCCGGUCAACUGAUAUGCUACUGUGGGCUAAUGUCGACGUCGAUGUAGUGCAGAUUGAUCCUGCUGGCUUCGGCCUUGCCUGCAAAUACAGACCCUCGUCGACACACCCUGGGACUGAAUCCACAAUUCUGUGUGACUGUCAAUGUGACAGAAAAAUAAUACUCCCGGGAGGAAAGUUGUUUCAUAGCCUACAUGAAAUGCCUGGCUGCUGAGGCUUGUUUUCACUAUACUAUAUUCGCCGCGGGGUCAAUGAGAUCUCUUGCCGAGUCUCGGACAGAGUGUGAGAGCGGCGGGUUGACCUUCCGCGCUAGUCAAGUGCUGAUGUGUGAUUUAUGGUCACCGAUGGGCGGCCUAGCCUGAUUGGCUGCUCCUCCGGUAUGAUGGACGAACACGGCUCGGACGAAUCUGCCACCACGGUGGCUGCGCUCCGCUCGGAGAUCGCCAAGCUGAAACGCGAUCUGUCCGCUGCAUGGUCGGCUGAACUGCAGAUGGUCAACAAAGCGAGGGUACUUGCCCAGGCUCUGGCCAAGCAGAAUGCUGCCAAGUUGGCAAUACCGGAGGUGGCGGCCACGACGACGCACACGAAUGGCGGUGGUGGGGGAGAUGUUUGUAGUACGGUCCUGCCGGAUAAGCGUGUCCUGAGCGACGCUCACCCAGCGAGGACAGAGCUUCAAGUGCAGCAGCAGCAGCAGCAACAACAGCAGGUGGUUGGAAACACCAAUGGCACUGGCACUAUCCACGACGACACAUUAUCGGCUAAUCGUAAGCGCAUCAAACUUCGCUGGUCUGCACCAGCAAGCACCGGUUCCUGCAAUUCAUCAGUGACGAGCGACGAAGACUCUAGCAGCAGUAUCAUGAUGAAGCGUCAGCGCACGAUCCCCACCAACUUGUUCGACUUGUCCCACCCAGGCAAGAUGAUCUCGAUCCAAGAGUGCGCUCCCCUGGUGUGCACUGACGAGGCCACAACACCCGGAUCGACUUCAAUCUCGUCCAAACUGUCAAUAGACAGCAGUGACAGCGUUAGCAGCAGCAGUGGUAGCAGCAGUAGUGGUAGCAGCAGUGGUACUGGUUCCACUGGGAUUGAAACUGGCACUGGCCGCACUGAAGAUCGCUUGCCACUACGCCAGCGGUGUCACAGCCCACGGUCGAGCAGGAGAGCCGAGGCACCAGGAGUCAUCGCACCACCGAAGACUGAGAGGAAGAAUGGCCUAGUCCUCUACAGUCCCACCACGCCGCCCAGCCCAGGCUCGGAGCGGCGUCAAUCAGCCUUUCGGCCGGGAUGCUAUGAAGAAAUCAAGGAGCAUGCUCUGCGGCUUGUGCAGCUGCUGCCUGGCAGGGAUGAUCAGGAGCUGCCAGCCUUUCUGCAGAAUCACCAGCAACUAGAUAUACUCCGGACAGGGCUGCUCAACUUGGUCAAUCAUGAUGAUGAUGGUGACAGCAAGAGAGUUCCAGUAGGAAAACGGAAAGCAAUACCAUCUUUGUCACUAGAUGUACCAGCGCCAAGUGUCAGCAAGAUCAAAGGUAUCUCUUUGCUAUACUACUGCUUUAUGGUGUCAGCAAGAUCAAAGGUGCAAAUGAGCCAUUCCGAAGGACGACCAGCCACGGAGAACUGACACAUCCACUGACUAGCGUGGCUCAACCGCCAGAGGCAAAUGUCGGCAGUGCACACGUGUUCAAUCAGCAUGCGCCAGAUGAGGUGGUGGUCUUCAACCAGAGGCAAACUGCACGCCUCGUCUCUCCCCUCUCCCGCGCCCUAGG